AAAUACAGUAAUCAAAAUAUAAAUUAUAAGGUUUUUAUUAUGAAUCAAGGAAAAAUGGAAAGUGAACUUGGGUUCUUGGUUUCUGUUGUGAUCAUAUGUGCAGACAUUACAGCUACAGUCCUCGGUAUCGAAGCCGAGAUUGCUCAAAGCAAGGCACCUCUUCAUCAUCAUCAACAACAUUUAAGACAUUCGGGUUCCGGAUGUCGAAGAAACCCGAGCGCUGGAGCUUUUGCUGAGGGAGUAGCUGCAAUGGUGCUUCUGUUUAUUGUCCAUGUCCUAGCUAAUGUGCUUGGAGGCUGCACUUACAUUCGCUCUAAGCAAGAUUUCAACAGAGCAACUGCGAACAAGAUACUUGCAGUGGCUUUCCUUGUUCUCUCCUGGAUCUUUUUUGUUGCCAGCUACUCAAUGCUAAUGAUAGGAACAUUGGCCAACUCGAGAUCGAAUCGAUUCUGCAGCUUGCCACAUCGUUGGUUUUUCCUUAUUGGAGGCAUAUUUUGUCUAGGACAUGGAGUGGUGACUUCAGCAUAUUAUGUUUCAGCAAUUGCUGCUAAAAAAGAAGACAAAGAGAAUGCACAACAAGAAAAUCCAUCAUACAGAAUCCGUGCAUAACACGUCUUCUUCACCAAGAUACACAAAAUGUUUCGUCUGUAAAUAAACUUAAAUUGCUUCA